AUGCUGAUAUUUUUGGUGUUCCUGAUGUGGGUGGAAGUAGGUGGUUAUAUUGAUGGUUUCGUGGAUCACCAGUUCACCGUGGAUAACGAGACCCAGGCUGAGCUACGCAUCAACGUCGAUCUCAUCGUUGCCACGCCCUGCAAUUAUAUCAACACAAACGUGCGUGACGCAACUGCCGAUUUGCUAAUGGCCGCCGAGAAACUUUCGUAUGAAGGUGUGGGUUUCUUUGUUCCACCAUGGUACGUUGUAAACGGAAGAAGACCGGUGCGGACCACAGAGUUGGACGAGAUCGUCCAACGAGGGAUGCCGGCCGAGUUCAUUCAACGCGAACAGCAGGCUUUCGAAGGACAACCCGCCUGCCACAUAUUUGGGUCCUUUCCAGUCAACAAGGUCAAAGGCGAGUUUCAUAUAACAGCGAAGGGCUAUGGAUAUCACGACAGAAGAAGGCCACCGCCAGAGGCUCUCAACUUCACCCAUAUCACCAACGAAUUCUCGUUUGGUGACUUCUAUCCGUACUUGGAUAACCCACUUGAUGAGACUGUUCGUGUCACGAACGAGCACCUUCACACAUACCAAUACGAGUUGAACGUUGUACCCACCUACUACCGCAAGCUCGGUAUGGAGGUGGACACUUACCAGUUCUCAGCGCUGAAUUUCGACAAGUCCGCAACGAGACAAGUGCCUGGAAUAUUCUUCCGUUAUGACUUUGAGCCUAUCAAGCUUUUGAUUGAAGAGAAGAGAAUCAGUUUUAUUCAGUUUGUGUUGAGACUCACGACGAUCUGCGGAGGCCUGAUUGUCAUUUCCAGUUGGCUGUAUCAGACGUUUGACCGACUGCUUGUGAUAGCUAUUGGCAAGAAAAAGGCUUCCAGAGGUGAGGAGAGGCCACAUGGACUGCUUGAGUGA